CGAUACGCAGCCGCGUCUGGCCAGCGCGAAGAUGCUGCCCUGGAGGCCGGGGGCGGGACGGCGGCUGCCGGCGCGGCGGCCUCUAGGAGUCGGCUCUGCAGGUGCUCAGGGCUGAAGGCGCCGGACCCUCCCCCAGCUGUGGCACAUCAUCCAGCACCAUUUGCGUGCCCGAGGACGCCCGCACGGGACCCGGGACUGCCAGCGAAGAAGCCCUCCUGGGCUCUUUUAACGAAUCGCAGAUGCGAAGGCUUCUUUCCUCGGACAGGAAAUCCUUCUAAGCCCGGCGCGCUCGGGCACCAGAGGGAGGGACCGCAACCCCCAGCGCACAUCCACCUCAAAGUCUCUAUUCCUCGAACUGAAGGUGGCACCCACCCAACUCCUCUCUCCGCCCCUCUCAAUCCACCCAGCACGCACAGGCCCUCCAAAGAAAAAUUCCAGAGGAAAAAGGCUCUUCUACGUAAAAGUGACCGUCUUGAAAGACGAGGGAGAGCUCCUGGGAGAACACCAAGUCGAGGACUCCUGGCCCUGGGACCGCCAGCUUCCCAAGACUGAAGCAGAAGGGUACAGCGCCCGGCGGGGACUGGCUGCGCGGGAAAUGAAGUUGGAGGUGUUUGCCCCCCGCGCGGCCCACGGAAACAAGCCGGGCAGCGACGCGCCGUCCCCGCUGUCUGUAGCCGGCGACGACUCCCUGGGCUCGGACGGGGACUGCGCGGCCAACAGCCCUGCGGCGGGCAGCGGCGCCGUGGAUGCGGCGGGCUGUGGAGCGCCGAGCGCGGGCGGCGGGCCGGGUGCGGAGGAGCAGGGCCGGGCGGCGGCGGCGGCGGAGGCCGGCGCGGCGGGGCCGGGCGCGGGGAGCGUGGGGGUCGGCGAGGGAGCGCGCAGCAAGCCGUACACGCGGCGGCCCAAACCCCCGUACUCGUACAUCGCGCUCAUCGCCAUGGCCAUCCGCGACUCGGCCGGCGGGCGCUUGACGCUGGCGGAGAUCAACGAGUACCUCAUGGGCAAGUUCCCCUUUUUCCGCGGUAGCUACACGGGCUGGCGCAACUCGGUGCGCCACAACCUCUCACUCAACGACUGUUUCGUCAAGGUGCUGCGCGACCCCUCGCGGCCCUGGGGCAAGGACAACUACUGGAUGCUGAACCCCAACAGCGAGUACACCUUCGCCGACGGCGUCUUCCGCCGCCGCCGCAAGCGCCUCAGCCACCGGGCGACAGCCCCCGCGCCCGGCCUGCGCCCAGAGGAGGUCUCGGCCCACGCCGCCGCCGCGGCCCCGCAGCCGGCGCCCGCCGCCCCGGCCUCGCCCCGCGCGCGAUCGCCCGCCCGCCAGGAGGAGCGCGCCAGCCCGGCGGGCAAGUUCUCCAGCUCCUUCGCCAUCGACAGCAUCCUCAGCAAGCCCUUCCGCAGCCGCCACGACUGGGACGCGGCCCCCAGGGCGCAGCUGCCUUGGGGCGCCGCGCCCUGCCCGCCGCUGCCCGCCUACCCCGCGCUCCUGCCGGCGGCGACCGGCGGGUCCCUGCUGCCGCUCUGCGCGUACGGCGCGGGCGAACCGCCGCUGCUGGCCGCGCUCGGGGCCGAGGCGCCGUCCGCCGCGCCGCCGCCCCCAUCGCACCUCCUGCUCGCACCCCUCGGGGCCGCCGCCCCCGGCAAGCCGUUCCGAGGCCCCGCGGCCGGCGGCGGCGCGCACCUGCACUGCCCCCUGCGGCUGCCCGCUACCCUGCAGGCGGCCUCAGCCUGCGGCCCCGGCCCGCGCCCGCCCUACCGAGUGGAGACGCUCCUGGCCUGAGCCGCGCCGCGCCGCCGAGUCCCGCAGGGGCGAGCGCCAUCGGGGAGGCCGGGGACGCCGGCUGCCGGGCUUUGCACUUUCUAUCCAGAGGAAAAGGGACUUUUAGACAAAAUCGCCAUCAAACGUGCCUUAAAGCUAAAGCAUUUUGAC